CGAACGCUACCGGUACAACGCGGGAAACGCUGUUGUGUUGGUUCAGUUAUUAGGGUCUACAAAUUACCGUUUAUUACGUUUUUGUUUCCUGCGUUCAGGCCUGAGAGAGUUUAUCCUCGACGAGAACCCCGACCUGCAACUGCGACGUGUCUGGACCGCAUGAAGUUUACCGCAACAAGAGUUAAAAUAUAUGUUGGUCCCCGCUUUGCUCGUUAACGUUUGUCCCUGUAGCCACCGAGCACUUGCUAGCUCCGAUAUAAAGAUCUUUUGCUUAGAGGCUAAACCCUGAAAAGUUCUGUCGUUGUGCAAAAUGGAUACGUUUCAGAAGGUGGAGAAGAUAGGAGAAGGGACGUAUGGAGUAGUUUAUAAAGCCAAGAACAAAGUGACCGGAGAAACUGUUGCGCUUAAGAAAAUCAGGCUUGACACGGAGACUGAGGGCGUACCAAGCACAGCCAUCAGAGAAAUUUCACUUCUGAAAGAACUCAGUCACCCAAAUAUUGUCAAAUUGCGGGAUGUCAUCCACACCGAGAACAAACUUUACCUUGUUUUUGAGUUCUUACACCAGGAUCUAAAAAAGUUCAUGGACUCCUCCUCAGUCACUGGUGUCCCUCUGCCUUUGGUUAAGAGCUAUCUUUUCCAGCUGCUCCAAGGCCUGGCCUUCUGUCACUCACACAGAGUUCUUCAUCGAGACCUGAAACCCCAGAACCUUCUCAUCAACGCCCAAGGGGAAAUCAAGCUGGCUGAUUUUGGCUUGGCAAGGGCCUUUGGAGUGCCUGUCCGCACAUACACACAUGAGGUAGUAACACUUUGGUACAGAGCACCAGAAAUUCUCCUUGGCUGCAAAUACUACUCCACAGCUGUUGACAUCUGGAGUCUGGGAUGCAUCUUUGCUGAAAUGGUCACCAGGAGAGCUUUAUUUCCCGGAGAUUCAGAGAUCGAUCAGUUAUUCAGAAUCUUUCGCACCUUGGGGACUCCUGAUGAGACCAUCUGGCCUGGAGUCACAUCAAUGCCUGACUACAAACCAUCGUUUCCCAAGUGGGCCCCGCAAGAUUUAUCCAAAGUGGCGCCACCUCUUGAUGAGGACGGACGAGAACUGCUCGGAGAAAUGCUGAAUUAUGAUCCAAACAAAAGGCUUUCUGCCAAAAAUGCACUUCUGCAUCGGUUCUUCCGGGACGUCACCAUGCCAGUUCCUCAUCUGAGACUCUGACAUGCAAAAUAUUUGGUGGUUUAAAUACCAAUGAUAUCUAAGCAAUAAAGACUGCCUUGUCUAGCUGCAGGACUGUGCCUGGAAUGGAGACAGACUCUGGACACAACGGGAUGUUUUGGUCAUCCAGAAGCUAAUUGUCCUGAAACUUUUGCCAUUAUUUCAACCUUGAUGUUUCUCAUAGUUAUGUGUGUUUAACUGUAAUUUUAAAUAGAUUGACUCAUCCUACAUACAUACAACUGCCAUAAUCAAUGUAAUUAUUUGUGCUUUUGAUUGAGUUCAGGUAAUUUUGACCCAUUAGUGUUUAUCCUUGAAUUCCCCAACUCAAAUGAUAUGUUGGCUUUAGGAUGUUGUCCACAAUUCAACUAGACUCUUGGUUAGAUUUGAGAAUGAUUGAACAAAUUUGUGGGAGCUGUGCAAAUAACAAGUGAAGAACUUUCUGAGCAUGAGCAGCAUUUAAAAGCGAGCUGGACGGACAACUGUCGGCACAAGAGUCAUCAGCUGAUGUAAAACAGCCAGAGCUGCAAUGGUUGAUUUUUCUUGCAGUUUAUUCAGAAUUUGUAUCCAAAUUAUCUCGAGGGGGUUUUAAAAACUGCACCUUUGUUUAAAACCGAGGUUCUGAUGUACAAAUGUCCUGUAUUGUUUUACAGAAUUUGUUGUUUCCUCUUUGUUACUAUAGAUUUUAUCCAAAUAUUAACACUUUUUAUAGAUAUUGUUUAUAUACAGUUGGAAAAAAUAAAGUUUAAAUAACUGUU